AUUACUUAUUAAUUGUUGAGGAAGUUCUAAUAGCUUCCAUUUGAAGUUGAUUAAAUAAUAUUUUUAUUAUUAUGCAAGCUAAGAUUGAUACUUCAAUUGAGAUGGAAAUGAUGAUAGAAAGCACAGAACAUUUAAAUAAUUUAAAGAGUUAUUAACAUAAGGAUUAAAUAACUGAUUAGUGUGGAGAGAACUCAGACUUGAAUCAAAAAGUCAGUUAGAUUGACUUAGAGUUCUAGAGGGUUUUAUGUUAGUUGAUCGAGUCGAAAUUAAGUGAGAAUACAAUUUCAUAAGUAAAUGCUUCUAUCUAUUUAAAGGUUCUUGACUUAUUAAAAAGAUUAUCUAGUACUCUAAUAGUUGACAUUCCGAAAGGUCCUUAGAUUCUAUACAGCCUUUACUAAAUCAUAUUAGUAAGAAAAUCAACAAUCAAAAGAAAUUUUCCAUUCAGUCCAUUAUCUAGCAUAUUAUUCAGGAUCAAAAAGUUAAUUAAGAGAGUGAAGAAGUUGCUACUAAAGAGGUUGAACUUCUUUUAAAAACCGAAAGAUAUCCAAAUAAACAAGCAAUCUGCAUUUCAUUUGUACAAAUCCUAAUCUUAGAGGACAGAUGAUCUAACUGAAUCAUUGACAAGGCAUCUAUCAUUUGAAUAAAAUAAGGAACCUAUCUAUAAACAAAUCACAAUUAUAUAGGGAUAAGGAUUAAUCAAAAUAUGAUUAUAAAUAAA